AUGAGCAGCGACAAGCCGCGCCUCGCGAGCGAGGAUGUGCUGAACAAGAAGAUGGACCUGUGCCUGAGCAACACGAUUGUCAAGACGGGUAUUGGUUUUAGUGCGGGUGUCGUGCUCUCCGUGCUGUUCCUUCGUCGGCGCGCGUGGCCCGUGUGGCUCGGCACCGGUUUCGGUCUGGGUGCAGGCUACACGGACUGUGAGCGGUCGUUCAACCCAGUCGCUGUGCCGGGUGUGCGCAUCUUGCCUUCGACUGCGAAUGUGGCUGUGCCGCCGUCGCGCUUCUCGCAGCUGCAGGACCGUGUGGGCGAGCUGUUGGGCCACGCGCGCGAACAGGCCACGGAGGCCGUGGAAGGCACGUCGGAUAUCCGCUCGGCCGCGCACGAACGCUUCACAGACUUGACACAGAGUGGCAAGGAGCAGCUUGAGAAGCAGCUGUCGAACCUGCAGGAGUCGACGCACAACAUCCGGGAGAAGGUGGCCGAGGCCGUGAGCAAGGAGGACGACAGCAAGAACCAUGACUCGGACAAGAAGUGGUAUGUGCACGCACCCCGCGAACAUGAGCCGUGUUUGGCAUGCAAAGUCACGGGCGCCGCGGCCAUGUCGUGUACCGGCAUCGCAGCUCUAUUGGAAGCGCGCCGCCUGCGUCAGGCGGCCGUGGUGCGGCAGCCGCGGUGGUGCGCGUUCCUCUUUGCGGUGGGUGUGGCAGGUCUUGGCGGUGGCGCCGCACGACUGUGGUUCUAG